UUAGCGGAUGGAACCCAACAGAGAGCCUCAAAAGAAGAAGAACAACGUUGGAACAGCUGGUGGAUUUCUGAUUUCUCUGGUGUUUUUGAAUUUUUUUAUAAUCUGAAUUUAAAUGAAAGCUGUAAUCCUCGCCGCCGGAUACGGAACCAGACUGCAGAGGGAUGUCGCCUCCGACCGCAGCGGGAGGUUUGUUCACCUGGCGGGGAUACCGAAGCCGCUGCUGCCCGUGGGCCGCUCGGCUCUCAUAUCCCUCUGGGUCCGGGCUCUGACACGCUCCGGUUCUGUGGACCGCAUCUAUGUGGUGACCAACGCUCUUUACCUGGAGGCGUUUGAAGAAUGGGCCUCAGAUUUUACAAACGUUCAGAUUCUCAGCGACCAAACAAAAACCAAUGAGGAGCGUCUCGGCGCCGUCGCCUGCCUGCAGCUGGCCGUCAAACACUUUAGCAUCCAGGACCAUGUGGUUGUUGUUGGAGGUGACACGCUCUUCAAGGAGGAUUUCAGCCUAACUGAAGUCCAAAAGAUAUUUUGUGAUGUGCAAACAAAGUGUGAGGACAGCUGUCUGGUUCUGUCGUACCAGUGCCGAGAUGAAGAAACCCAAAAAUAUGGAAUACUGGAAGUAGAAGAGGAGCUUCGUGUCGUCUGCAUGAAGGAGAAGCCUCUUCCUUCAGAGACGGAGUCGAGGAGAGCAUGCCCUUGUUUCUAUGUGUUUUCUGAGAGAAGCCUUCCUCUGCUGGAUGCUUUCCUCGAAGAAAAGAAGGAUGCUCCUAUUGAAGAAAAAGACGCUCCUGGAAACUUUGUGUCGUGGCUCAUUCUAAGGAAACCAGUUUACAUUCAUCAGAUUUCUGGGCGUUUCGAUGUAGGAAACUUGCCUUCGUACAUCGAAUGUGACCUUUACUUCAGAGAGAAACUCAAGGAUGUUGAGUCUUACAUGGUUUAGGAAAAAAAACAGUAAAAUACUCAAUUCAUGGAUCCAAACAUGUCUGAAUCAUUGACUGACUGUUUAACUUUAACCCAAAACCACGUACAGGAUUACUGUAACGUGCAUGUUGAUGACUAAAUGAUUAAAACUGAAUGUUUUCUAAUUAAAUAACCUAUUCUGUGAGGAGUCUUCUGCAUCUAUCAGAGCCCUUUUCACAGCCGUUCUCCAUCUUUGCGAUCCGGGAGCCAAACUGCAUGGCCCUCUUAGGCAGGACAGCCGACUGGCAGAGCCCCAGCUGCCUUGCCACCAGCCUCAGGAGGAGCUUCUCUCCAACGCCUCGAGGAAGUGACAGAUCUGCUUUCUCCCAUACAGGAAGAGAGUUCAGGAGACUCACAACAUCCUCAUCCAGAAACCCAAAAAUAUGGAAUACUGGAAUAUUCCUACUGCAUGAAGGAGAAACCUCCUCCUUCAGAGACGAGUCGAGGAGAGCAGGUUCUGGUUUAUUUUCUGCUCAGGUCGACUUUGAGGGUCCCACCAGAGCAUCUCAGUUAGGAUGAAGUAUGGAACAGUCUCUGAGAUCCCUCCAAGACUGUUGGAACAACAAGUGAUGGCGUGGCGUGGUGUAUGGGGUACAAAGAUGGUGAAGCCAUUCUUCAUCAAUGGAAACUUCAAGGCCACUGGAUAAUUGAAGUUGCUACAUGAUGAAGUGUUUCCCUCUUUAUGCACUGAAGCUGGCACGUUCCUUGAGUUUUUCCAGCCCGAUGGUGCACCACCACAUUAAGGCUGUCCGGUCCGAGCAUUCCUAGAUGAACAGUUUCUUGGAAAGUGGAUUGGUCAUCGUGGGCCAGUUGAAUGGCCCCAAAGGUCUCCUGAUCUGACCCCCUUACCCCCAAAUUCCACUUCCUCCACUCCGGCACGAACGCCGGAGCAAAAUCGGUCCCGUUGUAGUCAAUCAGAGCAAUUCCACUACUGCGGCCGUGCUCUGGCAGUGCAGCGCCCUCUGUUCCGGCAAAAAUAGAAUCGAUCCUAUUUUUGCCGGACGCCGGAGCACCUCCGCAGUAAAUGGACAGAAAUCACAACUGCCCAACAGGAGAAGGAGCAAGCACAACUUCCGUUUUUCACAAUAAAUCGAUAAACAAAAGGCGUUUUUUGUUUCAUAUGCACAGGUUUAACAACUUUUAACAACUAUCAAUGGUGGCUGAAGUUUAAAUGCACAAAAAUAAGCCAUAAAUACAAUUUCUACUAUCAAAGUGGUCACACUUUGUUGAUCCAAACACUGCUGAUCUCUCAACACAAAUGAUGGGCAGAUUAAACAGCUCAUGCCGAUGCUUCUCUCACACAACGGGUGUUUGGAUCUAACUUCCGUGUUUAUUGCUCGGACUGUAUCGCAAGAUCUCGAAAGUCCCGCGCAUGCUUGUUUGCCCCCUCAGGUCUCCGCACCGGAGCGGAGCCGUUGUAGAGCGGGUACCAGUAAAAAUUGAGUUUGGAAGCGAGCGGCUGCGGAAGGCGGGGGCGGACCGGAGGUAGUGGAAUUUGAGGGUUACUCAUGUUUGGGGUCAUCUGAAGACACGAGAUGUGCAACACCUGAAACUACGGCUACUGGAAGCCUGUGCUGGCAUUUCUCCUGCAGCGUUCCCAUCAGUGUGUGAAGAGUGGGCACUGACAAUCCAACACAAUGGGCAGCACAUUGAACACAUUUUCUAAGUGGCCAGAAACUUGUAAAUAUCUCGUUAAAGAAUAAAGUUACGUUCAAACCAA